GUUGACGUUGUUAAACACGGCAGCAUGGCCGGGGCGCCUUUUAGAUGUGUGGAGUGCAGUGCCGAUGCGUUUGAGCUCUACCGGGACUAUACCAAUGGCAUUUUGAAAAUUUCAAUAUGCGGCUCCUGCCACAAACCUGUGGACAAAUAUAUCGAAUAUGAUCCAGUCAUAAUUCUGAUUGAUGCCAUUUUGUGCAAAACUCAAGCCUUCCGACACAUUUUGUUUAAUACAAAGAUCAACAUUCACUGGAAGCUGUGCGUGUUCUGCCUGCUGUGUGAGGCUUACCUGCGGUGGUCACGGCUGCAAGGGUCUGAGCAGAGCGCGGAUCCGGCGGACAUCAUCCGAUACACCACAGAAUGGGAGUUCUACGGCAUGUUCGGCCUGGCCACGCUGGAGCUGGGCAUUUUCCUGGGUGGUGUGCUAGCCUUCCUCUGGCUUAUUCAAAGGCUCCAGGGGUCGAGCCUGGAGCUGGAGCCCCUGCUGAAGGCCCUGCUGCUCUCAUGCUACGGCAAACUGCUGUUGAUCCCUGCCGUCAUUUGGGAGCACGAUUACUCCCUUCUCUGCUUUGCCCUCCUCCGCCUGUUUGUGCUCACAUCCAACUCCCAGGCCAUCCGAGUCAUUUUAAACAGCAGCAGAAGACUCUCUUUCUUGGCGGUGUGCAUUGGCUUGCUCUUGGAGACUUUGGCUGCACAGAGCUUCCAGGCGUUGCUGUGGAGGACGCAGGACUCCCUGCCAUUGUGGUGAAUGGACUCAAACCCUCCUGAAGGACAGGAAGUGCCAGAGGCUCCCUAGUCGUUUUCAGAACUGGACACAGAGGAACGUGGUACUUUUGUGGCUGUGCUUCCAGACACUUUCUCCAAGGAAGUGUUGAACUGAGGUCUCCACAUUUUAAAUCCAAACUUUUCCCAUACUGGGUGGAGAUGGCGAUCUCUAAACAUCUCUGUGAUACAGGAGCAACAGAUGCUGCAAUGGUUAGAGCUGUUUUCUUCCUAUCAGAGGUCCUGGAUUCAAAUUCCACCUCCUACUGCAGUGCCAUUGACCAAGGUACUCCUCUUGAAUUGGUACAGUUAAAAUCACUUAGCUAUAUAAAUGGGUAAAUCACUGCAAGUAACUUUGUACACAAAUCCAACAUUUUAAGUUGGAGCUUUUUGGCACAAACAUUAUUUUUCUCUCAAAAAAUGGCAAUCGAAACAGAAUGAUUUUACUUUAAAACUAAAAAAAAAAUUA